GCCACUGGUGGCACUACAGUUGAACCCAGAAAUUCCUAGUUUGGCAAGGGUGGCAACUGGACUAUUAUAGUCAGUUAACUCCCUUUCCUCGGGAAGAUGACUUUAUCUAACAUGCUGUAGGGCUGGCCAUCGAUACAAAAAUAGAGAGAAUAAGUGCUGGAGUUACUCAUGCGACAAAGAACCAUAAAAUCAGAUCUCAUGUGCUUUUCAGUCUGGAUCGCUGUGUAGACAGGGUAUAUCAGGGUUUGAACCAAACUCCAAAGCUUUAAUAGCCUGGGUAAAGAUAAAAUGCCCUUGUCAUGUUUAAACAAUGGGGAAAUUGGGAUAUAUGUACUAGCCCACAGGAAUUUGUAUUAGCCCUGGACUUGCAGGCUAGUGUUAAGUUCUAACCCUGUAAAUAAAUUCGCAAAGAUUUUGAAGGGGGUGGUCAUAUUAUAAUGUUAUAUACAACGAUAUAUACAGUGACAUUCUAAAAUGUCAUAUAUUGUCUGAGAGUGUAUACAAGUCCCAAAAAAUGUCCAAACAUACACUGAAAAUUGACAAUCUUAUUAAGAGGAAUUAAGUAGGAAUGCCUAAUACAUGAUUAUACAUUUUCAGCCAAUCUUGUGAUUGUAAUUUGUAUCCCAAACAAGACAAACCAACAUCACCAGUGUUCAAAAUUAAGGUCUUUAUCAUAGUUUAAGAUCCAUGGUAAUGAUUAGCGUGUCCCAGGAUUAAUGUUACCCUGCCUGGAACUCGGCAUUGAUAGGAUAAAACAAGAAUUUGUCAGCUUAAUUGUAUUCAUUAUACUGUGUCUGAGUGGGGUAACCAUGUUAAACUGAGGCAUGGUAUUUCAGUGGGCUAGCACAAUAAACAUUGAUAAACUAGCAUUAAUCUGGACUAGUAUAAACAGCCACACACACACAUGCAUGAUUGCAAUAAAUGCAAUAAUCUUGAACUUAAACACCAUUUCACCUCACCUUCACCAUGUUCACCACUAGUCCUUAUAAUGAUAACAUACAGUAAAAUCCUUAAAAAUGGCAUAUUUCUACUAGUCCUUAUGAUACCUUAACUAUUGGCCAGUCUGGCAAGGACUUCAGGUCUAGUGCCAAUUUCUAAUGCUGCCCUUGGUUCAAAUACUAUUGCAACAAAUCACAAUAACCCAAGGACUCCCGUCCAUUUUAAAUGCUGUGGUUAAGUUUGUUAGAUUCUUGUUGUUGUAACUUUUUUUCUUCUAUCCAAAAAGAGAGAAGUCAGGCUAAUAAAGAUAAACAAUGUAAAUUAAAACUAUCUUCUAUGUCUCAUCAUGGUUUCAGACUCAAGAAGUUGAAACUGUAAAUUGAAAUCUUACAAUAUUGUAGCUCAAGAACUGACUUAUUCUGUCCACAGGGAUAGAAAUUAACAAGGAAAAUCUCCAUGCCCGAAUGGUGAUAAUAUAUAGCAAUACCCCAAUAAUGUUGGACAUUCUGCCAGCCCUUAGGACGUUAACAAAGCUGUUCCAGGCUAGUGGGCUAGUGCUUAUUUCUAUCCCUGCUGUCCACAUUUGACCUAUUUCAAUUUAAAGUCAACUGUAAUUAUCAAAAUUCAAAAGUCACAGAACUCCAUAGAAAUGUUCACUGCUACCUGUUACUCACACUUGACUUGUUGCUUUCAGGGAAUUCAUUGAUUGCAAUUAUCAGUAGUGGUAGUUUAUCGACUUUAAUAUCAAGCCUAUUUGUGACUGUAUUUCAAAGUAUACAACAUGUAUAAUGUUUGUUAAUUUCAAUAUUUAGCCGUAUGUAGGGGUGUGUCAAUUCUCCAUUACAGAUGGAAAAAUUAUGAAAAUUAUUUUAUCACACUGCCAGCACACACAAAAUUAAGCCCAUAGCAGUUUGUGUUUCAUAUAUAAGCUGAACUUUUAAGCACAAGUUUCGGAAAAGUAAUUUUAUGGAAACAAAUAACAAACUACUGAGAAACAAGCAAAGUGAUCUAUCUAGCCAGAAUGCUGAUAUUACAAGUGUCCCAAUUACUGAAAUAUUCAGCUGGUGCGAAAAUGAGAGAGUGGCAAGUCUACAGCAUUGGCCACAUGCUUCCGGUGCGCAUGCGUGGCUCAAGACUUGGUGACAACCCUGUUUCCUGCUUGAAGACAUUCACCUGCCCUACACAGCCUUUGAUAUAUAACCAUGGCUGGUAUCCCGUCCAUUGCUGAGUUCUACGAUGGGCGGAGUCUCUUCAUCACUGGGGUGACCGGAUUCAUGGGGAAAGUUCUGCUUGAGAAGCUGCUCCGUGCGUGUCCUGGGAUACGGUGCUGCUAUGUCCUCAUCCGUCCCAAGAGAGGGCAGUCUGUCGCUCAACGUCUGGAAGGACUCAUCAACUCAAAGUUAUUUAACAAGGUGAAGACAGUCACUCCAGACUUUGCAUCAAAGGUCAUCGCAGUGGAAGGAGACAUAAUGGAACCCAAUUUUGGAAUCUGUGAGGAAGACGAAAGAAAAGUGUGUAGUGAUGUAUCAGUCGUCUUUCACUCAGCUGCCACAGUCAAGUUUGAUGAAGAAAUGAAAUUAUCAGUACAGAUGAAUGUUAUAGGAGUGAAGAGGUUGUUAGAACUCUGUCACAAGAUUGACAAGCUAGAUGCUGUGAUCCAUGUGUCGACUGCCUAUGCUAACUGUGAUAAGGAGACUGUUGCUGAGCAGGUGUAUGAACCACCACUGCACCCACAGAAACUGGUGGAAGCUGUUGAAUGGAUGGACAAUGCUGCACUGAAUGUCCUCACCAAGAAGCUUGUGGGUCCCCGCCCCAACACCUACACCUACACCAAGGCCAUGGCCGAGUUCCUCCUGGUUGAGGGAUGUGGUCAGCUCCCUGUGGCCAUCGUCCGCCCGUCCAUAGUGGGUGCCACCUACAAGGAACCACUCCCAGGCUGGGUGGACAACUUCAAUGGACCCACCGGUUUGCUUGCAGCAAUUGGGAAAGGUGUCCUCCGAAUCAUGCAUGGCUACGCUCACUGUACUGCUGAUGUAAUACCCUGUGAUAUAGCCACCAACCUCAUGAUCGCGGUAGCCUGGUAUACUGGUACAACCAAACCCUCCAGGGUACCUGUAUUUAACAACACAACUGGUCAGAUCAACAAGUUCACCUGGGGUGAGAUGGAGAAAUUGAUAUUUGACAACUUCAUGAGGAACCCAGUGGAUGUAGUUGCCAGGGUGCCCAACCCAAGGUUCACAAAGUCAAUAUACUGGAAGAGCGUGAACGUGCUGUUCGACCACAUCCUCCCUGCCUACCUAAUGGACUUCUACAUGUACCUCAUCGGGAAGAAACGCAUAUUUGUGAAGAUCCAGGAUCGACUGUGGAAAGCUGUGACAACGCUGGAGUUCUUCACAUCUCGGGAGUGGAAAUUUGACAACAGCAAUAUAUUUAUGCUGUUGGAUAAGAUGUCAAAGUCUGAUCGAGAUACCUUUGACUUUGAUGCCAGGCACAUAGACUGGCCAUCAUACAUGGAGAGCUACUGCCUUGGCACAAAACAGUUUGUCCUGAAGGAAGAGCUGGAUCAACUCCCCAAGGCUAGGAGAGCUCUGUACAGAAUGAAGCAGAUCCAGUUUGUCAUCAACGCUGUUCUGGUAGUGGUCAUCUGGCGUGUUCUUGUCACUCGGGUGGGCGUCGCACGGUCACUGUGGAACCUGGUUCUCAGCUGGGUCAUCUGGCUGUAUCAGAAAAUCCCAAGAUUAGGGCGAGCAUCUUAGGCAUUCAACAACAUCACUGUGAUGUUUGUAGGCAUUAGGUAUGUAAUUUUACCUUUGUAGGUGAACCGAUCACUUAAAAUCUAGAUUACUUUACAUAAAUGAGCUGCGACAGGAUUGAGACAAUUCAUGGUGUCUACCCUUGUAAUACGGCAUUGAAAGUGUUCUAAGGUAGCCUUAUGAACACUUGGUGUACCCCUGGUAUACAAUAUUUGAUUGGUUGGUUGACUGAUACCUAUUGAAUUGUAUAGAUUGGCCAAACCACAUUGCCACAAACAAGCACGAAAACAUGGCAGUGUCGCAUUGUAGUGAGCUUUAUUGUGCACAACCACGGUACUAAUAACGUGCUAAUUAUUAUGUAUUUAUUGUUUCGUAUUGGUACAUUGACCACUGGUACAAUAGUCAAAUAUAAUUAUGUAUCAUUAUACAUGUAUCAUGGUACAUGGAUAUAUCGGUGAACCAUCCCAACCACUGGUACACUAGUCAUAAAUAAUGAUAUAUCAGUAUACAUGUAUCAUGGUACAUCGAUGUAUCAGUGAACCAUCCCACCUUAAAAUUAUCUAUUUGUAUUCACAGGCGUUGAAGUGAUAUUGUACUAGUCAAUACUCUUAAUGAGAAGACAGUUGGUGACUGAGAAUAUUAAACCAAUAUGCGCAGUUAAUAUGAUGACAGACAUGAUGGAAAACAUUCGAGGGAUGUAUCUGUAUCUGCUCAGCGGCCCAUAUUCAGCCCAAAGUCUGAGGAUUUGCAAGUAAUAAUUCUAAAUUUGAAUAAAACAAUGUGAAGACCUGGUCGGGGUGAUACUAGGACCAGUGAAGAGGUAGAGGCCUUAAUGCUGAAUUUAACAUGACUGCAUUGAAUGCAAUGUUAAGAUACAGUGUUAAAAUACAUUUGAAAUUAAGAAAAAAAAAGCUUUAAAAACAUCCCUACUUUGAUUUAAAAAAAUAUUUUUUAUCCAAUUUGCUGCCAUGGGUACUUUGUGUGGAAUCCCAGAUAACUCCCUGCAUGUAUUGCCUGAAUAUGUCAGUGUGUUAUUGUAUACACAAGAAACAUGGUUGUCUGCCUGAUAAGUGAGAUGAGAAUUUGAGUUUGUUGCAGUUAGUUGAUUUCAUAAAUGGCGAACAUGACAUUAGUUUUUUAGAUCUCGGCCAUUGUUUAAGUGUGAUUUUGUAGACAAUGCUAGGAUCAUCAUAUUGUGUGUCUUGGAAACAGUGGCUUUCAUAUUGAUUUUGAGAAUGCUCAAAACAUUUGUUAUUUAUUGCAUGUAUAGUAAUUGGGUCAUUAACAAUUCAUUCACAGAUACAACACUAGACUACGAUAUUGCUCGAUUUGUUUGUUCAGGUUUAUGUAUCUUGGUUAUGCCUUCUGAUUGACCCACAUCAUGUUAUAAGCCAUCUGUAUUUCAUAUAUUUAUAUUUAAUUCUACAACACAUGCAACGUUUUCACGCCACUUUUUUAUUACCAACUUAUUUACUGCCACUUAACGUAUAUAGGUACAUGCUGCCACUCCAGUCAGUUAAAGAAAACAGUGCAUUAUUUAGACAAUAAUAAAUCCUAGAGAGCAGGACACCCUUCAUCUAAGAUUGGGGAAGCAGUUUCAGAAUGUUAUCAAUAUGGCUGCCAGUCCAGAAAAACACCUGGGUAUUUUAUUUAGAGAAGACAUUUGUUUGCCCUGCCUUUGAUAAUUACCAAUAGUCUUCAUAUCCAGCAGUAUAAUGACAAGGGUGUUAUAUAUAAACAAUAGCAUACUGCUUUAAAAUAUGUAUGUAUGUGUUGUUUUGAAUUUUUUUUUAAAUUGAAAGAGUGCAUUUAAAUCUGCAUUUAUACCAUAUUUGAUGUAAUAAACACCCAGGCCGCUCUUAAAAUUAGAAAUAGGUAGCUCUUAUUAGAAUGGUAUUUUGGUGGGGAAAAAACAGAGUUGAAAGAUAAAUUUUGUGGUUUAUGCUG